AUGCAUUUAGACAGCGACAUAUUUGGGCUUAUUCUGAUCAUGAGUAUUGAUAUACAUCGGGUUUUUUGUAUGAUUUGGUUGGAAAGCGCUGGAGUUGGAAAAUUUGGGCCUAUGCGGGAUAAUUUGCAUUUAGAUUAUAUGGCCUUUCUUACCGUAACAUAUUCAAUGGAGGAGAUCUCUGAUAUCGUGCGCAAAAUUGAUAUUUGUUUGAUCCCGGCCCUUUACUCAAAUACCUUGUUGAUAAAUGAAUUCUGGAUGUUCAUUCUGCUUGAUCAGCGUUACUUCCUCAUUGACUAUGCGAUUGGAGACCGCAUGGGAACCCGGGAAGCAUCGGGGCUUGUGCCGAAAGCGGAGCCCUCAAGGGCUCUUUCAUUUCAAGCUUUUUCUCAAUUUUGCUCCGACUACAUCUAUGAAGCUGGGAUAAUCACAAAUACAAUGGCCUCCCCAUGCCACCCCAACCCUUCAAGCUCCAGUCCAAUCCUAUGCAGUCACGGUUUCCUAACCCCCAACCCGACCCCGGACCUGACCCCUCCCAUCUUUCCAACUUUCCAACACCGAUCCCGAUCGCAUGCAAGAAAAACUUGGUUUCACCCCCGUCCUACUCUUUACCCGGGAUAUAUAUCUUGCAUAGGGCGUUUUCUCAUGCAAGUCAUAAACUUUGCGAGCGCUACCGGCUUGCUGGGGAGAAGCCACGAUCCUGUCAGAGAUGCAGUUGCGGGUGUACCUGCGUCAUGUGGGAAGGAGCGACAUGUCACAUGUCGUGCAGUAAUCUUAAGGUCCAGGGGUUUUGAGCUUAAAAGAGAAACCCUUGCUGUUACCCCUUUGCCAUUUAGGGAACUUAUAGCAACAGGUAGGAAAGCGCCAACGUGUUGUCCGGGUGUGGGAGUCCUUGAACGACUCGGUGUGAAACCUAAGCGAAACUGCCCCAAUGGCAUAAUUAUUAUAUCCGCCACACCUAAGCUACACCAUAUCGCUGAAUUACGUUUAUCAAUCAAGAUGUGGCUUCACCUUCUUUUGAAGACUCUCUCAUACUCCUCGUUUGUCAAGGCGACCAAGUCUUUCACCACGAACAACAUAGUCAAACAUCGACGUUGCGAUCUGCAUUACGAUCUAUAUGGCCUGUUUCGUCCGUCUGAAAUAUGCUCGCUGGCUAACUCACAGUCAUGGAACCUCCUGCGGGGCAGUGUAAGGAAGGACUCUGAAUACUUCGGAAAGCAGGCGGUGGUGUACGGUCACGAACGAGAUACUCCUCUGAUACCUCUAUUUUGUCUGGAGAGAGAAUUUUCGGGAAUUGAAGGGGUUCCAACGUCAAGACAGAUAAGAAUGGACUGGUCUCUCGAUUUCCCGGACCGAGAUGGGACUCAUAUAUCCCUUCAUAUCGGGCUUUGUCGUUGGUUAGAUUGUUCUACUUGUAUUUUCAUUGUCGAGUGCGUGGAGACAUGCAUGUUCGUUUACAAGUCUAUGUUCCUUCAGCGGUAUCCAAGAGCAAGGAGCAAGAAAGUAAAUGGUAGAGCGUUUGCUACCUCAAGUUUGUCGACCUCAUGCAUAGGGCGUGCGCGAAAGGAAAUCCCGCGAAAGACUCCGAAAGAACCUCGAAAUUAUCUUGGCUAG